CUUUUUCGACUGUCUCUUGUCCAGCUUAUGCCCGAGCCAACAUCUACGUCGCGCCUAGUAUACGAGGAGCAACCCAGAUCUGGAAGAAUCGCGGGCAGGCUGGACCAACAGGCUACUUUCGCCAUGCCAGCCAAUGAAAUGCCCAGUACUCUAGAAUUACUGACGUAUGCGACUAUCGAUAAAUACACGUAUAUAUAUCUUUGAUUCGCUAUUACUGGCAGAUCCAUCACGCUCGUUCUUGGCCCAGACAAGUGGCGGCGUCCGGCAAUAACAACGGGCGGCGCAAAGCUUAUCCGCAUCGCCUUACAAUAGACCAGACCGACAUGAACUCCGACAAUGGCAUCUUAAAAUUACCCUGCUAAGCGGAAUUCCGGAAACGCGCUAACAUCGUCUAACUACGUCUACCUCCACAAAACACUUUACGCGAGCUUCUUUCAUAUUAAUCACCCACACCGUCGGCUAUUAAGCUUACUCACCAAAAACUGUAGCCGAGCGCGGAACUAGGCCGCCAACCAAAACUUUCUCAGCCGCGCCCCGCCGACUCCGACGCCGAAGCCGCUAGAUUAGAUUUAAGACAGCCAACCGGUCAGUCGCUGUCGCGGACGACUGAUCUUUUCCCCAACUUCUGUUGCUGCACAUGGAUUGCUAUUUAUUGCAAUGAAUGUUAUUGAACAUGGAAAGCUUGACGCUGAAAAGGCAGUUGUCGCUGUAGCCGCUACUACAGCUGCUGGUCAACCAGAGCCGGAGGCGGAGCCCACCGAGCAGGUCCAACGACAACAGCCUUUGUCCAAAAGUAUAUUCCUUGCUGCUAUUCUUGCCUCGUCAUCCUUCCUCAACACCUGUGUCUCCCAAGCAUGCGUUCUUGUCUUGCCAGAGAUCAACGCCGAGUUGGCGAUUCCGCAAGGCCGUAGCCAAUGGAUCAUUUCGUCUGCCGCCCUUGCCAAUGCUUCAACUUUGCUUUUAUGGGGCCGAGUCGCCGAUAUUCUCGGGCGCCGAGCAAUCUUCCAGUCUGGCAUGAUCCUCAUCACUAUUUCCUGCCUGGUGGCGCCCUUUGCCCCAAAUGAAGCCGUCUUUGACUUGUUUCGCGCCGUGCAGGGUUUGGGAACGGCAGCCGCUAUCCCGAGCGCCAUGGGUAUUAUAUUCGGUGUCUUUCCAAAAGGACGAGCCCAAGUUUACGCCAUAUCUGCAUUCUCCGCGGGCUUCCCCGUUGGUGGUGCUGUCGGCGGCGUGCUAGGAGGCAUCAUUGGCCAGUUUCUCGGCUGGAAAUGGUCCUUCUGGAUCCUUUCCAUGUUGCUUGCAUUCUGCUCUGGACUUUCUCUGGUUUUUAUCCCACCAUUACCCAAAGAUCUUGAAAUUCAGGCCAUUCCUUGGCGCAAACGUGCGCAAACGUUGUUGCAGGAGAUGGACUGGAUUGGCCUGCUUCUCUCCGUCACAUCCUUCAUGUUUAUUCUUGUCGCCAUGUCUGAAGGAAACAUUGUCGGAUGGAAAACACCAUGGGUGUUGUCAUUAUUAUGUGUCGGCCUGCUACUUUUGGCCAUCUUUGUCUUUUGGCAGCUUCGUCUUGAGAAACGCAACCGCCAACCGCCACUCAUGAAGCUGUCCGUUUUUCGCUCUGGCACAUACUCAGCAGCCAUGGGAAUGUACUUCCUUGCAUGGUCAUCAUUCAAUAACUUUCUCAUCUUCGGUACCUUUUUUUACCAAGAUUAUCUGGGUCUCGAUGUUCUGCAAACAACGCUGCGUUAUCUGCCCACUGGCAUUGCUGGCUUCAUUGCUGUCGCUAUUGGAGCACAACUUCUAAGCCGUGUAAACGGCUACAUUAUUGUCAUAUUUGGCUCUGUGUGCCUUGUCCUGUGUAAUCUACUCUUUGCCGUUCCAAUUCCACCAGACACCAGUUACUGGGCUUACUCAUUCCCGGCUAUGGUCAUGUCCACCUUUGGCGCAGACACCAUCUCACCAUGCCUCUCCAUAUUCAUCAUGCACGCAAUCCCACCGGAGGAUCAAGGUGUCGGAGCGGCGAUAUUUCAUACGGUUGGGAACGUUGGACGUACCAUUGGCUUAGCUAUUGCCACCGCCAUUCAGCUGAGUGUCCAAGAGAGCCACGUGCCGUCUCUAGGUGAAAAGGAGAGUCUGCUUGCGGGUCUGCGUGCUGCGAGGUGGUUUGAUUUCACAACUGCAGUUAUUGCAACAUGUAUAGUUGUCGUUGCUUUUCGCGGAUGUGGUGUACUCGGCGCCAAAAAGUAAAUAAGCUGUGAAGGCCCCUGUGGUUUUACGGGGAGUGAGGGCAACGUACGACUCCCAAUUGAGGUAGAAAUGUCGCCCGGACUCUAGACUCACAAUAAUUGAAUACUUCUUUGCCAAGGUAGAAUCCACCACUAAUUUCCAUAUAAACAUAGUUUAGUGUAUCGAAUGGGUCGGUAGAUGGUUUCUAGAACUUCUCAAAAAGUAUGCGGCGAACGGAGUCAGUCACGCUACGGAAAUCCACAAAAUUGCGACCAGGUACAAAUAGCGUAGCCCGCCCCGUCCGCCAUGACGGUACAUUUUCUGGUUUUGACCGCAAAACUGCAUGUUUCGAUUAUUAUCUCGCGGUUGGAGUUCCCUCUUUUCCAAGAGAGUAUUUAUCAACCAUGAUGCCGGGAGGGGUUGAAUAAAUAGCGAGCUCAUAAUAGAACAGCUUCAAUAUUCAUAUAUUAAAAGCAACCAGACACAUGUACAUAUAUAUCAUACGCACGUAUUAAAAGAUUCAAGUGUUCAAAAUUAAUGCAUAUAUUUCUAUAUAUUUAUAUUCAGGAGUGGCUUUGAUAUGGUGUAGCUCUGCAUGAACGGCCCCCGCAGUGUUUGUUUGUUCUAUCGAACUGAGGAGAGAGCAAGAAUCCUGCUGGUAACUUAAUCACUCACCACGGUUUACAAUGAGGGUAAGGCUAAAAGGUAAAAACAAGUACUAAGGCUAUCUCUUAUGAACUGUACAAUACAUGUAUAGUUGUAUUUCGUACCGGGAGCUAGAAUAAACGGCGUGAGACGCGAUGCUCGUUUGGGAGGCAGGCUCUCGACAGUGGGACACCGCCUGCUGCAGUACGUACUGUAUGUAGACAAG